AUGAAUACUCGAAAUGCGCCGCUGUCACCUGUCUCCGUAGGCGGUAACGAAUGGUCCAGCAUCCCCAAAUACCAGAACCCUGCCAACGGCGAUCCCUACAAUCAGAACAACCGUGGUCUCAUAUCGCCUCCCGAUUCCGGAGGACCCAACGGCAACAUGAACGGCUUUUCGGCCGGCCCUAGGAGCGUCGGCGGGCCGUCUCCGCCGCCCUCGGUUGCUCGAUCGAGCACUGGCACCAACGGUGUGAGCAUGUAUGCGAGAAGAGAUAGCAGUCGGAGUAUGCGGGACGAGGCCAACGAGGGUGUUCUUGGAAUACACUAUGUCGCACUCAAGAGAUAUUUGCAGCAAACGUCGAAAGACGGAAGAGCCAACCCACCCCCAAACCGAGCACGCGACAAGCUAUUGCGCCUUUCUGCAGUACAAUUUCUUGAGCUGUCCACAGAUGUUUACGACGAAUUACUCAGGCGCCAAAGUUUGAACAGACGCGCGGGACCGCCCCCUCCCGACUUUCUCCAGCCCGAAGACACUUUCCAUCCGAAGCGCAAUCAGGCACGUCAAAAACUGUCAACACUUGGGCCUCCGAGGUUCAGAGACCUAGCCACAGAUGUAUUCUGCGAACUGGAAAGGCGCUUCCCAGGGUUUGCAUUGGGUGAGAUUCCACGCAUGAGCAGCUCUGCCGUUUCUUCACGGGGCCCUCCGAGCCGUACCGGUACACCGGUUGAUAGCAUGAAUGGAAUGCCGCCUAGAGGGCCAAGUCGUAUGCGAAGACCGUCUGAUGCAAGCUCUACACGCUCGGGAGCACCAAGAAUGAACAACGAUUACCCAGCACCGUCGUCGCCUAGAAUGCCCAGCAGCGGCUUUGACCGCCCUCAACAGAAGCAGAUGCAGAGCAACACCAUCGUGCCCAACAAGAGUACCAUGGUUGAAGAGGACGAUGAUGUGGUAGGAGACAAUGACGAGGAUACCGAUGCGUUCGGCCUCGAACGUGUCACGGACCGGGAAAGCAAGAGGAGUGCAGGGACUGUCACAUCAGAAGCUGAUAAGAGACUUCUCGAGGAUUCCCAGGCCCAUGCGCGAGAUUUACAAUCAAAAUUGGACAGCCUGGAAGACGCUUUGAAGAGGAAGGACGACGAAUUAACCCACGUACUAGACGACGAACGAUCCCGUGCCUCGGCCGAUAACAUGGAGAAGAAGCAAUGGACAGAUUUGAAGUCAGACCUAGAAGCUCAACUAGCCGAAGCGAGAAACUUCAACGAUACAUUACGUAGCGAACUCGACCGCAUGCGUGAGGAUCAUGAUGCGGAAUCGAGGAGACUCCGGGAACAAAUUGAUGAGGCCCAGCAAAACAAUCAACAAAACAGCAGAAGUAUGAGUGGUGCUGGGGAGGACAGCAAGCUGCAACAAGAAAACCAAGAACUCCGAAUGGCACUCGAGGAACAGCGGCAGGUGACGGAGGAAGUUCGUCGUGAGGCACAACAGUUCCUGCAGGAAAUGAAGAUGCUUUCUCAACAACAUACUCCAUCCUGGGACAAACAGGCCGAGCUGGAGAAGACGGUUGAACAGCUGGAGCAGGAAGUCCGAGACUGGCGCAAUCGUUAUGCUCGCGCGAAGACGCAAUUGCGCAGUAUGCGAGCUUCUUCGACGGGGUUGACAAUCGACCAGGAUGCAGGCAAAUACGUGCGGGACAGGGGUUUCAUGGAGGGCAACGGUCUGGUCAAAGACGUGCAUGUUACCAAAUUUCAGAUCGCUAUCGACGAGUUGCUACAGAGGGCCCGAACUGAUGAUCCAGAAAAGGUUAUCGACUCUAUGAAGGCCGUUGUCGUGAGCAUCAGGCGCAUUACUAAGGAUAUCGACGAAUCUGCCCCGAACGACGACCAGACUAUCCAGCAACGAAAGGUGCUGAAGGCUCGCGUAUCAGCCACCGCCAACAACAUGAUCACGGCCGCCAAGAACUUUGCAUCUGCCGCGGGGAUUUCGCCAGUGUCCCUUCUCGACGCAGCGGUCUCGCAUCUUGUGGCUGCGCUUGUGGAGUUCCUCCGCACCGUCAAGAUUCGAGCCACUCCUGCUGGAGAGCUGGAGGAUGACGAUGACGGCACCGUCACACCUGUCGAAUCCACCGGGUUCUUCUCCAACCGAUCAACGCAACAAGAAUCGUCGUUCGCGAGAAACUAUGCGCAGGAUAACCCCCAGCCACUCAUGCCUCAACCACUUAUGCCUCAACCGCUUGUGGCCCCUCCCCGAUUCCAAGGUCUAGGUGGUGAUCGCAACAGUGGGCAAUCUUCGGCCUACAGUCCCAUUAAUUCCCCGCGUGAAUCUCUGGAGCAAUACAACAACGGCCAGGGAGAGAUGAAUUUCAUGAGCAACAAGAACUUGCCUUCAGCUCCCAAUCCUUCCAACGGUUACAGGAUGCGCAAUGAUCGAGCCGAGGAUCUCAAAAUUUACCUCGAAGGCCAGACAGAUUACUUACGUGAUGCGAUCAACGGCUUGGUCGCAUCUAUCCGUGGUGACGCGCCAAUCGCUGAGAUCAACGACGAAAUCAACUCCAUUGCCGACGUAGUGGGCAAGGUGGUGUCCGAGACCGAAGCAAGUGGUCAUGGCGACGACGCAGUGGACCGCCUGUCCGAUUGCCGUCAGCGUCUGCUUGAGGCUGGUGAACAUGGCCAAGACCUGGCCUCCCGCGGCUUGGACACGGGCGAUCGAGAAUGGCGCAUGUGGACGCAAACGCUGCCACCCAUUGCCUUUGAGUUGGCACGGGAGACUAAAGAGCUUGUACAGAAGAUCGACCGCAUUGCCAUGUCUGGCGGCGCAGAUGACUUCUCAUGA